GCAGAGCUGCUCGGCUCCGACUUCUUUCACGCCUUGCCGCGCCCGCGCCGAUAUAUAAGCGUGAGCGAGCACGGCACACCAGCGCGGCAGAUUUGCUAACUCAUCGGCCAGACGGCUAUCGAUCCCCACCACCAAUCUAUAGCUGUCCCUGGUCAUGGACCACCACCAAGUCGAAACCUUGGAGGAGGACGAAGGGAUGCAGCAGCAGCAGCAGCAGCAGCUCGUGCACGAGCGCGGGCUGCGCAUCAAGGCGGCCGCGGAGCUCGGGCUGGCGCGCUCGUCGCGCGGCCGGCAGUGGAGCCGCGCGCUGGGCCGGCGCGCCCUCGUGCCGCUGAAGGAUCCUCUCUUAGCGACGCUGGCGUCGUCUGGCGAGCAGGCGCCGAAGAAGGCGACGUCUCUGGCGCGGCGAGGGGAGGAAGAGGAGGAGGAGGUCGUGGAGGAGAAGGUGGGGCUGCUGCGGCAGCUGGUGCCGGGCGGCAAGGACAUGGCGGUGGAGGAGCUGCUGGAGGAGACGGCCGACUACAUCGCCGCGCUGAAGGCGCAGGUCGGCGUCAUGCGCGCGCUCGCCUGCCUGCUGUCCGGCUCCGGCCUCGACGCGCCGCCGGAGAAGGCUGGGCUCGUCACGCCAGAGAACUAGAAGACUCCAUGAGUAGCGUGAACGGGUCCUUUCUGACCUGGGCUUCAGUUAGUGAGAGCUUUUUGUCAGGUUUGAUUCCUCCUCUACAUCGUAGGGACUAGGGAGCAGCGCGUGCUGCUGUUGGGUUGAUGCAUGGGAGCAAAUUCCGUUGUUUUCUUAGCCAAAAUGUGACAUUUUUGUAAGGGGUAGAGGAGGAGAAAGGAGCAAUGUAGCUAGCACGCUCGUCCUAGCAAUCUACGCUGUUAGAAUAUGGCGAUCGGAGCUUGAAUGUGGCUCGUGUAAAUGUGAAGUGUAGGAGUGUUUUUUUCCGCGCUCGUUGUUUUUCCCAUUCGGAGCAGUAGGGAUGAAAAUGUAAGCGGUAAUUUUCGGAAUUUCAGACGUUGUUUUUGAUUUUUUUCUAACUGUUUUAGCUGGUAACGGUAAUUCUCGAAAAUGAAAACAAAAAUGAUAAAAUUAUAUGAA